GGGGUUGGAGAAUGACAUCUCUUGCCGCUUGGCGCUCUGUGCAAGCGGCAGGCAGCAGCUGAGGUAGUGGGGCACUGGCUCGGUAGCACCCUGAAGCAGCACCGGCAUCAUGGCAGUGGAGGAAGAGGGUAUCCGGGUCUUUCAGAGCGUGAGGAUUAAGAUAGGUGAAGCAAAAAAUCUGCCUUCCUACCCCGGGCCGAACAAGAUGCGGGACUGCUACUGCACCGUGAACCUGGACCAAGAGGAGGUGUUUAGAACCAAGAUAGUGGAGAAGUCACUCUGCCCAUUUUAUGGAGAAGAUUUUUAUUGUGAGAUCCCUCGGAACUUUCGCCACCUGUCCUUUUACAUAUUUGACAGAGAUGUCUUUCGGAGGGACUCCAUUAUGGGGAAAGUUGCCAUACUAAAGGAAGACCUGCCUAAAUAUAACAACAGGGAUACCUGGUUCCAAAUGCAGCACGUGGAUGCAGACUCAGAAGUGCAGGGGAAAGUGCAUUUGGAGCUGAGGCUAAGUGAAGUGAUAACAGACACCGGUGUGAUCUGUCACAAGCUUGCAGCACGAGUGUUAGAAUGCCAGGGACUGCCUAUCGUCAAUGGUCAAUGUGACCCUUAUGCCACUGUCACGUUAAUUGGGCCAUCACGAUCUGAAGCUAAGAAGACUAAAGUCCGGAAGAAGACCAACAACCCACAGUUUGAUGAAGUGUUUUAUUUCGAGGUGACCAAGCCAAGUAGUUACAACAAGAAGUCCCAUUUUGAAAUUGAAGAAGAUGAUGUGGACAAGAUGGAGAUUAGAGUUGAUCUGUGGAAUGCCAGUAAUCUCAAAUUUGGUGACGAAUUUCUUGGAGAACUGAAGAUUCCACUGAAAGUUCUACGCCAAUCCAACUGCUAUGAUGCUUGGUACUUACUCCAGCCCAGAGACAAUGGCAAGUCAGGGAAGCCAGAAGACCUAGGCUCACUGAGGUUAAAUGUGGUUUACACAGAGGAUCAUGUUUUUUCCAGCGACUACUACAGCCCUCUCAGAGACCUUGUGUUAAAAUCUGGAGAUGUUGAGCCUGUCUCAGCAUCUGCUGCACAUGUGUUGGGCGAAAUCUGCAGAGAAAAACAGGAAGCGGCAAUACCUCUGGUCCGGCUCUUUUUACAUUAUGGCAAGAUUGUGCCUUUCAUCAGCGCAAUUGCAAAUGCUGAAGUGAACAGAACACAAGAUCCAAACACCAUAUUUAGAGGAAACUCGUUAACAUCCAAGUGCAUCGAUGAGACGAUGAAGCUGGCAGGGAUGCAUUAUCUUCAGGUUACGCUAAAGCCAAUUAUAGAUGAGAUCUGCGAGUUCCAUAAGCCUUGCGAGAUAGAUCCAGUGAAGUUGAAGGAUGGAGAAAAUUUGGAGAACAACAAGGAGAACUUAAAGAGUUAUGUUGACCAGAUAUUUAACGUCAUUACCAAGUCCGGAGUGAGGUGCCCCACUGUCAUGUGUGAUAUUUUCUUCUCUCUGAGGGAAUCAGCUGCCAAACGUUUCCAAGAUGACCCUGAUGUAAGAUACACCGCUGUGAGCAGCUUCAUUUUCCUGCGGUUCUUUGCACCUGCCAUCCUGUCCCCCAACCUUUUCCAGCUCAGACCUCACCACCCAGACCCUCAGACAUCAAGAACGUUGACACUCAUCUCCAAAACUAUACAGACCUUGGGUAGCCUCUCAAAAUCUAAGUCUGCUAGCUUCAAGGAGACUUAUAUGGCUGCUUUUUAUGACUACUUUAAUGAACAGAAAUAUGCAGAUGCUGUUAAAAAUUUUCUGGAUUUGAUUUCAUCCUCUGGAAGAAGGGACCAUAAAAGCAUAGAGCAACCCAUUCUCCUUAAAGAAGGGUUCAUGAUAAAAAGAGCACAGGGGAGGAAACGCUUUGGAAUGAAAAAUUUCAAGAAGAGAUGGUUCCGCCUUACAAACCAUGAAUUUACAUAUCAGAAAAGUAAAGCAGGCGAUCAUCCUCUCUGCAGUAUUCCCAUUGAAAACAUUUUAGCAGUUGAAAAAUUAGAGGAGGAAUCUUUCAAGAUGAAGAACAUGUUCCAGGUCAUCCAGCCAGUACGCACCCUGUACAUCCAAGCAAAUAACUGCGUGGAAGCCAAAGACUGGAUAGACAUCCUCACCAAAGUCAGCCAGUGCAAUAAGAAGCGUCUUGCCGUUUAUCAUCCCUCAGCCUUCCUUAAUGGCCACUGGUUGUGCUGCAAGGCUACCUCAGAAAAUGCACCAGGAUGCACUCCUUGCACAGGGGGUCUGCCAGCAAACAUACAGCUUGUCAUUGAUGGCGACAGGGAAACAGAACGCAUUUACUCGCUGUUUAACACCUAUAUGUCUAAGAUGGAGGAAAUGCAAGAGGCCUGUGGAAGUAAGUCUGUGUAUGUUGGAUCUGACCAGGAAGAGUACAGCUGCUUCCUGAUCGAGGACCCCCGUGAAACAUAUAAGACACUAUGUCAAAUCAUUGAAGCUGUAAAACAAUUACAGGAGGAGCAUGCGCAGUACAAGAGGGAUAAGUUUGAGAAGACUAAAUAUGGAAGCCAACAACAUCCUAUAGGUGACAAGAGUUUCCAGACUUACAUCAGGCAGCAAUCGGAGGUGUCUGCACAUUCCAUUUAAUUUUCCAUAGGACUCACUUAAAAGAAAGUAGCCGUUCCUGAACGUGUACAUAUGAGGAGAGAGUGCUGUUCCAGUGAUGUUCAGCAUUUUUCACCCCAACCGAGACUUGCUGCAUUUCCUAUGUGUAUUUUAGGACUGUUACAGUAUUUUCUACGCACUUUAUUCAUCUGAUAGCAGAUGACAGAAUGUCUUAGGUUUGUCUCUGGCCUUCUCCUGGUUUUACGUCUUGAGAAUGCACUUCUCAUGGAUCUCUUGCUUUGCUCUUUAUUUUGUCAUGCAUUCCUAGGAUCCAUCCAAAAUGAAGCAUAACACAUCCGGUCAUGAGCCUCCUCUCAGAAGAUACAUUAAAGCUCUUUUUGUUCUUA